UUUAGCGCUCCUCUUUUCCGCAGACGAUGGACUCGUCAAGGAACUUCUUCAGUAAACUGCGCACCGUGGCCGUCAGGCUCGAGAAGGAGGUGAAACAAUUGGAGCAGGCUCUACAUGGAGAGAACACGGAAUACGAAGAUGUACCUCCAAUGAAAGUCUUAGGUGAUCUCCGCUGUGAAGUGAGUUCUCUGAAGGAAGCUUUUAAUGCCAGUCUUCAUAAGAGUUGUUCUAGAAAACAAGCAAUUAAUGAGUUUAUGAAGGCAAGUGAAAUAUUGAUGAAAAGAAAUGAAGAAGAUCUUGAAGAAAUAAGAAAGCUGUUCCAGAUGAAUGGCUAUAAAACACCUGUCAAAGGCUCUACAGCAGAAGAAGAGGAGGAAGAAGAAGUUAAAAGUGAUUUGACAGCAUCUGUCCAGAAUAAAUCUGAUGAAGACAAAACAGAUGAUGCACCUGAUCUGCCUGCUGGUACUGAGAAGUCACUGGUGCCCGCAGACCCGAUGCGUAACCCCCGGCUUUCUGAUUUUGGUCUUUCACAAUACAGUUUCUACAGGCCUUGGAGUGCAGUGGAAGGACAACACACAACAAAUGUGCAUCAAGCAAAUUUAAACAGGACUCCACUAAAAGCACUGAUGCCCUGUACUUUGCCCAAAACACCAAAAUGUAAGCUGAAGAUGGAUGAUUAUGAGUGUAUAACACCGAAACUGGAACACUUUGGCAUUAGUGAACAUACCAUGUGUAUGAAUGAAGAUUAUACAAUGUCACUUAUGCACAAAACUGCUCAGACAAGCAAGAAGUUGGUUAAAGAUGAUAAUGAAGUGACUGUACAAGACAUGACACCCAGGAAAAUCAUGGUCACUCCUGGGUCAAAAUCAAAAGUGACAACUGAGAAUGCAGCUAACUGGAUGGCUUCUCCUAUGAUGCCUGUGUUCUAUACUCCUGAUGUGAAAAUCCCUUCCAGAUCACACAGUACAGUAUUAUCAGGGUUACCAGAGACAAAUGAACAGCUUCUUCCCAGUCAUACAGAAACACCACAGUGCCCAGAUUUUGAAACAAGAUGGAUAAAAGCAGAAGCUAAGUUCUUAAAUAACAAUUCUGGGGGGAAGACUGAGUCGGUGACAAAGAAUGAUGCAACAGAUAAACAACACAAAGAAGACAGCAUUUCUUUUGCUGAGAACUCUGAUGAGUAUCUUAAACAUUUCAGAGACCCAUCUCCUCCCAAAAUAAAACACUAUGACCAGUUACUCAAUACUCCUCCACCUCCAGAAAUAACAAAGAUACCAGAUGAUGUUCUACAGAUCCUGUGCAAGUAUAGUGGUAAAGUAGACUCUAACACCAAAGAAAUGGAGACCAAGACAGGAAAUGCUACAAAAUAUGAAAGUGAUGUCACAGGUUACUGCAACAAAGAGAACGGAGGAUAUCCUGGACUUCUCAAGCCAAACAUCUGAAAUCAAGCUGAAGACCAUGCUGAGACUAUUUUACAUUGAUGAAUCUUAUCACUGGAUUGUAACAAGCUCAAAAAGCGGAAGAAAAUACUGCUGGCUGUGUGGUGUGAAUUCAAAUACUGGAACAACUAAAGAUGUAGCUAUGGGGCUGAAGGAGCAUAAAACUCCACUUAAGCCAGCACUACCGCUGAGGAAAGGC